AUGCUUCCAAGUUCACUAUUUCUGGCUGAAGCCUUCUUAGGUGAGCAACUAGCAAUUAUCUAUCUUAUUGUUCCACAAUCUUUUACUCCCGCAACGGCUUAUGAUAUUCGAGUUAUGCCAUCUGCUGCUCGUAAAUUAAGUUUUCUUCUCUACACUGGUGGUGUAUUCGUUGUCUUGAGUUUCUAUUUGGUUGACAUCGAUCGUUAUUUACAAAGAUGCCGAUCAACUGUUAAACAACAAUAG